AAAGAUCUGAUGGAGAAUGUUAUAACUGAUUGGAAUUUGUUAAAAACUGAUGACGAAUUUGAAAUUAUAAAAAAACAGUCCGAUUUUGGACGAGUAUAUACGUUGUUCUUUGCAUUAGCUGUAUACUCCAGUUUGUUUUUUUAUUCAUUGAUUCAGUUUAUACCAAAUUUUCUCGACAUUAUUGUACCACGAAACGAAUCACGAUUACAUAAUAUACCACUAGCUGCAGAAUAUUUUGCCGAUCAACAGGAAUAUUAUCUUCCAAUUUUAUUGCAUGUCGACAUAAUAGCUCUUGUAGGAUUUACCAUUGUGAUUUCCACUGAAUCAUUAAUUACAGCAUAUAUACGGCAUGCUAUAGGAAUGUUUGAAGUUGCCAGUUACAGAAUAGAACAUGCAUUUGAUGAAGUAUUGGACAAAAUAACAUCAAAAAAAUGUUCAUAUUGCAUAAAAAUAAUAAAUGCUGUUCACAUUCACAGGAGAGCUACACAAUUCAUAGAGUUUAUAAGAACUACGUUUGUUGUUUCAUACUUUUUCUUACUUUGCUUGGGAGUUACUUCUCUGACUGCUAAUUUACUUCGUCUUUUUUUAGCUACACAAUAUUUAAAUAAUUUAGAAGAAUGUAUCAUUGCUACGUUGUUAGUGCUUGGUCACAUUUAUUAUAUAUUUUUUGGCAAUUACACUAGCCAAAAAGUAAUAGAUCAAAGUACAGAUGUAUUUCACAAAACAUAUGUGUCACAAUGGUAUGAUGCUCCACUUCAUACACAAAAGUUAUUAUUAUUUAUGAUGCAACAAACCAUUAAAGGUACUGCUUUGUCCGUGGGUGAUAUAUUUGUCCCAUCAUUGGAAGGUUUUGCAACAAUCACCAGUAUGUCAUUCUCGUACUUUACAGUAAUUUGUUCUAUUAAAUAGUAUCAGAAGUCACAGUGAUAAAUAUAGUCAUAUAUAGCAAUACGUAUUACUUAAAAAAUCUAAAUUUUGAAACACACAUUUACGGUAUAAAAAAGUAAU